AUGGAGGCAGCCCUGCAGCGCAUCUUCGCCUGCCUCGACAGAGGCGUGUCCGAGGAUGCGCAAGUGUCGAGUUCAUUGGAUGACCUCAGGCGCGCCUGCGCCUCCUACGCCGCCCUCAAAAGCCCAGCGGCCAUUGACAAGAGCUCCGCGAAGCGCCUCCUGAGCCACGUCCUGCGCCCCGCCGCCAGCGGCGGCGGCGGCGGCGGCGGCAGCGCACGGCGGCUGGCCAAUCGGCUCGCCUGCAUGGCCUUGAUAUGUGUCACGGAGCUCGAGCGCGAUGCGGCGCCGUCCCUCAGAACCCCCGCCUGCGUGAGCCAACUGAUUGAGGCAAUCGAGGAGCUUGAGGAGUGUGAAGGCGGCGGGGGCGAGGCGCCGCGCGACGCCCCUGACGCCAGCAACACGGCGGCUGCCAGCGGCGCCUGCACCGCAAGCGCCAUCGCGCCCGGCCUGACGGACUCAGAUUUGCGGCUAAUUGCGCUUUCGCUCGCCUUGGGCAGUGCGCUCUGCCCCGCUCGCACGACGGGCAAGCCCCCUGGCGCCGGGCGGGCGCUGGUGGCCGCGGCCGCGCGCCCGCGCCUCCUCCGCGCCCUUGUUCGCGCCGCGCUCGCCCAAGCGGCCCCGGCUCCUGCGGACCCCCGCGGCGACGUCAUCGGCACAGACCUGCUGAGGCUCAUAACGGCAGCGCUCCAAAUCGCCCCGCUGCACGAAGCCGUAGAGGCCCGCAGCCUGGACGCCCUGUUUGCAGAUCUGCUGGCGCUGCGCCUGCAUGAGCACCAGCCGCUUGCCCACCGCGCCGCCGCCGUCGCGGCGGCGUGGAGCUUGUACAGGAAUGAGGACGCCCUGCCGCCCGAGGUCGCGUCGAACGCCGGUAUCCUCAGGGGGUUUGCGGCCUGCAUGUGCGUGGACGGCACCGGGCAAGUCACCACUGGCCUGGCCCUCUCGCUGCUCAGCCUGGCGCUCGACAGCGGGCCUGCGGGGGCUCAGAGCAGCCUCGAGAGUGCCGGCCCGGCUCUCGACGCGUGCUGUGAACCCAAUACGCUCAAGGAGCUGCUGCGGCUCGCGGCCUCCGGCGGCGGCGGCGGCGGCGCCGCCUGCAAUGCCAGCGCGGGAGGGGCGCCCUUGGUCAGAGCUGAUCUGUACGCCGCAAUCAUUCUAAGCAAAAUCGCAUGUUGCGAAAUGCAAGCACGGCGCCCGUCUAGCAUCGCCGCGUCGCCUGCAGCUGCCGCCGCCGUGGUGGCCGGGCUGCGCGCCUGCCUGGCAAUGCAGGUGGAAGACAGCAGGUCGCGCGCGGAUUUCCUGGGUGGGAUUUCGGCUUUUGUGGCGCUCAGCCCCGCGCCGGGCGGCGCCGCGUGGGCGUCCGCACUCGCCCGGCUGGGCGCGCUGCCACUGCUGCGCCGCUCGCUCGCGCUGCUGGCAGGGCCGCGCGCCGCCGGGCAGGGGGGCGGAGCCGCACAGGACACCCCGCCAGAGGCCAGAGAGGCUUCCCCGACGGCGACGACCGCGAUGGCUCUCUACGCGGUUGCUUGCGCCGCCACGCCGCCGGCGCAGGGGCGGGCGUCGGCAGUCGAGCGGCCGCCUGCGGAAGAGAUCGAGGCGCGCCGCGCCCGCGAGGAGGCCCUGGCCGAGCUGCUCACAACGGGCGACGAGCUGCGCCUCUUGGCGGCCAUGCAGCCGUCCUGGCGCCGCCAGCUGGCGGAGGAGCCCGGCGUCCUGCUGCAGCUGUCGGCGACCGCGUCGGCCCCGGGCGGGCGCGUGUCCGCAGAGCUGGCCUGCCGGGGGAUGGAGGGCCUGGCCCUGCUGGCGGCAGCUUUAGUGCCGGCAGAGGCGCUGCCAUCUGCCCUGAGGAGUGGCGCGUAUGGCGCAGUCGCCGGCGCCCCAGGCGAGCCACCUGACGAUGCGGCAAUCGCGUUGGGGGUCACCAGGUUGGGGCGCGAACGUUACCCUGGGCUCUGCAUGGAGCUGCUCGGGCGCCUCACGACAGACGCGGGGGUGCGCGUGGCGCAGCAGGCGGCAGAGGCGCUGUGUGCGUUGGGCGGCACCAGGGCCGGCCCGCAACAGCCGAGCCAGGAGGGGAGCCAGCCAAUGCGCGAGCUGACGCGCGCAGGGGUCCAGCGGGCUAGUCCGUCAGGCGCAGCGCCUGCAGCAACAGAGGGAGGGGCCGGCCGGCAGGCACCCGCCGGGCGGCUGCGCCGCGCAUGCGCCGUCUGCGGCAAGACGGCGCGCGACGGCGCCGAGCUGCGGCGCUGUGCCGGCUGCGGGCGCGUCACGGGGACGCGGUACUGCAGCCAGGAGUGCUGCAGGACGGACUGGGUGGUGAGAGGGCACCGUGCAGUGUGCGAGGCGGCGCGGCGCCCGUGA